UGUAGCAGAGACGGCCAGCUGCUCAUCCAUCUCUCUGGUGAUACUCAAUGAGAUUAGCUGUUGGUGUAAGCCUGCGUCAGUCCAAAGGGGUCAAUCACAGGAUUAGCACCUUGCUUAGACUUACAUCACUUUAUUACACUUUCUCCUCUUCACUUUUUUAGACUCUUUCUCUAGUGUUUUUUUUUAACCCUUAGGAGCAUGUUCACCUUUAACUCUACUUUAGUGGCUGGAGUGGGAUACGGGGAUGCAUCAUGCUGCUGUGGAGCUGAGUCUGUCUCGACCCUGAGCCGGUGAAUGAAGCAUCUUCCAAGAGGAGGAGAAGAGGAGCAGGGGCAGCCGGGGGAAGUGAAGGGGGCCGGCAGGCCAGAAUCUGGUCUGUUGUGAGUCUGAAGACUGUGGACCGGUCCUCCUCAUGCCGCUCAUAAACAACAAAGUGAGCGAUGGAUGCACGGUGGGCACGGAGAAGGCUUUGGCUGAUGGGAAGGCUCUGGUGGAUUCUUUGGUGAAGGUGGUGGCGUGUUACAGACACCUGGCCUCGUGUGUUGGUGGCUGCACAGACAGCUUGCAGCUUCGAGAUGAGCUUCGGCAAACUCGAGAAAAGGCUCAGAAGUUAGCUGUGGACAUCUGUAGUCACCUGACCUCACACCUCAGAAACAAGAGCCUCCCCGAGGAGCAGCGUAAGGAGAUGGAGCUCCUCUGGGUGGCCUUCUCCUCCAGCCUGGAGCUCCUCCACCUCGACAUGUGCAAAGUGCUCUGCAUGGGGCACACCUUCUGUCUAGCUGAUGCAAAAACCCUGGUGAAGACCGGCCUCCAAGGAAUAGGCAGCGAGGUGUGCGCUCGGGCUCUCAGCCUGCCGGACCUGAACCAGGCUCAGACCUCCAGCCUCCCUACAGGUCUGGAGGUCCAGGAGCGCAGCAGCAUGGAGAAGGAGAUCAGCCAGAUCGACAACAUGAUCGAGGACAUGGAGAUGAAGGUGAACGUGCUGCGCUGGAUGGUGGAGCCUCGGGGGCCGAAGCAUGCGGAGCAGCUGAGCGGCUCAGACAGCAACUCUCUGGCUCUGACGUCCAUCGACGAGGAGCAGCAGGAGGAGCGAAGGCCUCUGUGUCAGCGCAGCCCCGUCUUUGUGGUCUUACUGCUGCUGCUGGUUGUUUUAGUGGCAGCGAGUUUAUCUAUCAGUAUUGUCCUCUUCUCCUGAGCGAAAACUUAACACACUCUCUCUAUAAACUCAACAGGAACAGGAACUGCCAACAACCCUGUUCUCUGUUAACUCGAUAAAAAAAAUGUUUCAGUUUGAUAAAGCAGCUACAUGAUGAUUAGAGCAUACAAGAAUUUGUCUUAUUAUAAUAGCGUGAAACAAUGUUUGAUUGAAAAUAAUCCAAACAUGCCAUGAACUUCAAGCUAUCUCUGUUGAACAUUAAACUCCAUGUGGUCAGUAAAUCAACUUUAAGAGAUUCUCGGAGAGGUAGAUUUUCUGUAAGAAGUUCGACCCUUUAUGCUCCUUUUGUUCUGGCCUAAGUUCUCCUAAACAAAGACUCCUUACAUGUUUAUUCCUUGAAGCCACUGAGAAGUUUAGGUGUUGCAGCUUUGUAGUUUAUUUACUGUAAUAAGCAGAAUAUUCAUAUCCAAUGGCUGUAGCUUUCUUUGAGCCAUCUCUGUACAUACUGUCUGUGAUAGGAAGCUGACUGUGUAUAAACCAAUGAACCUUGAUAUGACAACGAUCUGUCGUCCAAUCGUUUUUAUUAUGAAGCAACAGAAAGAGUACAAAACUCAAAGAUUUUUACCCUUUUUAUUAUUUGAAUCAAGACAUUACAAAAAUAAUGUUUGAAAGGAUUUAUUUAGCUUUAAAGAUUCUCUGUUUCAGGGCGCUGGUAGCCUAGGGGUUAGUGCGCACUACUGUUGUAGUCAAGACCACACUAACCAAGACCAAGAAAUAACUGAGACCAGAGUGCUCCGAAACCAAGACAAGACCAAAACAUGAAGGGAUCGAGACCGAGUCAAGACCAAGACUAAGGCAGGGUGAGACCGAGUCAAGACCAAGACCAUGAAUAUCUCUGAAAAAUCAUCAUUUACCAGAAUCCCACUAAUUAACCAUUAGUUAAUAGUUAUUUAC